UAGGCGGACCGGCUGCUCAACGAGCAAGCGGACGAACGCGACAAUAAGAGAUUAGAAAAGACUCGCCAUGAGAAGGAGAAGUUAGAAGCGCAAAUUUUAAGACUACACCAGCGCGCUUCGCAACCGGUUGGCACAGCCGCUCGAGCUCGCAUCCAAAAUGAUAUACAAAAGCUCGAGUCUCAGGAUGCAUCACUGGCGACGGACCUGGAAGAGAUUCAACAACGGAUCGACGCGAGACGUGAAGGCCAGGAAACAGCUUCCCAAGUGACUGGGACAGGGAGAAUGCCCAACGAGUCACGCAGGGAUUAUCUCAUCAGGACCGGAAAGAUUACACCAUUUGCCAAGAUGAGCGGUGGUCCUGAAGAGGGGCCUCUAGCUUGUCUACGGGAUGCCCUGGUGGAUGCAGAGGAUGAGCGUGAUGAAAGCGAGGCUCUGGAGCAAAUGAAGAAUAAAAUGGAAGUGUCGCAUCGAGAUCUUAGGCGUCCCGGGUUUGGUUUUGACGAGAGCACCGAAGCCAGUUCGGAGGCACCAGAGGAUCGUUCGAAGAAGCGGAGAAAAUUACAACAGCGUGGCCAUGCUGAGGAUCGCCAUAUAAAGCGUGAAGAAGAAGAGGCGGAAGUCCCGUCAGAUCAAGACGAUUCCGCAAGCUAUGUGGCAUCGGAAGCUGAAGAAGAAAGCGACGACGACUUUGUCGUGGAGGAAGAUGAAGAAAAAGGGAAGAAACGUGCUAAGCAAGCGGCCAAACACGAAGAUGGAAUAGAAGAUCUCAGUGGGUUAGACGAUGGCAGAGAAGAGAUAUAUCAAGCCAGACUGCAAGAUUGGGUCAGCCGGAGAAGUGCUGCUAGAAAGCGUGCACGGGAAGCCCGACGCGCAGCUGGUGAGGACGAGGGCGACGAACAGCCAGAAGAAGAGGAAUGGUUCAUGCCUCAUCCGACCGUGCCAGACCUGGAGUAUGACAAUGGCUACCGCGCACCUGGCGACGUUCAUCAAUAUCUAUUCGACUACCAGAAAACCGGAAUGCAAUGGCUUUGGGAGCUCCACCAGCAGCAUGUAGGAGGGAUUAUUGGGGAUGAAAUGGGUCUUGGAAAAACUAUCCAAGUCAUCAGUUACCUGGCCGCUCUGCAUUACAGCAAACAGUUCACCAAACCCGCGCUCGUCGUAUGCCCAGCAACAGUGAUGAAGCAAUGGGUGAACGAGUUCCAUCGCUGGUGGCCGCCGUUUCGAGUCUCGAUCCUGCAUACCUCGGGCAGUGGAAUGGUGAAUGUCCGCAAUGAGAGCAGUCGAGAAAACGAACUUCUCACGCAGAAGUACAGCGGUGGUGGUUCUCGUGGGUUGACCGGCGCCCAGAAAGCAGCCAGAAAGGUUACCAAGCGGGUAGCAGAGGAGGGCCACGUUCUUGUCACUACGUACGCCGGACUGCAGACGUAUGCACCACUGUUGAUUCCUAUGGAAUGGGGAUGCGCAGUCUUGGACGAAGGACACAAGAUUCGCAAUCCUGAUACGUCCAUCACGUUCCAUUGCAAGGAGCUUCGAACACCUCAUCGGGUUAUUCUCUCGGGUACCCCGAUGCAGAACAACUUAACAGAACUCUGGUCACUCUUUGACUUUGUCUUCCCAAUGCGACUGGGAACACUAGUCAGCUUUCGAAACCAGUUCGACUUUCCCAUCCGACAGGGCGGAUACGCGAAUGCGUCAAACCUACAAGUUCAAACAGCCGCCAAGUGCGCCGAGACGCUCAAGGAUGCCAUCACCCCGUAUCUCCUGCAGCGAUUCAAGAUCGACGUGGCGGCCGAUCUCCCGAAGAAGAGUGAGCAGGUGCUAUUCUGCAAGCUGACGGUGCCGCAAAUGCAGGCAUACAAGGCUUUUCUUGGGUCAGAGGAGAUGCAGUCUAUCCUGACGGGGCGUCGUCAAGCCUUGUUUGGUAUUGAUAUACUGCGCAAGAUUUGCAACCAUCCGGAUCUCCUAGAUCGCAAGAUUACGUCUGGCAAUGCAAACUACGGGCGCGCCAGCCAAUCCGGCAAGAUGCAGGUCGUCAAGUCGCUUUUGUAUCUGUGGAAAGAUACGGGCCAUAAGACCCUGCUAUUCACACAACAUCGCAUCAUGCUUGAUAUCCUGGAGAAACUCGUCCGAUCGGUGCCUGAUUUUCAAUAUCGCAGAAUGGACGGUAGCACACCGAUCAAGUCCCGACAGUCGAUGGUAGACGAGUUCAACAACGAUCCGAACCUGCAUGUCUUCCUUCUGACGACCCGUGUCGGUGGACUGGGUGUGAAUCUGACCGGCGCCGAUCGAGUCAUCAUCUACGAUCCGGAUUGGAAUCCGUCGACAGAUGUGCAGGCGCGCGAGCGAGCAUGGAGACUUGGACAAAAACGCGAUGUCACGGUGUAUCGCCUGAUGACUGCAGGGACUAUCGAGGAGAAGAUUUACCACCGACAGAUCUUCAAGCAGUUUUUGACGAACAAAAUCCUAAAGGAUCCCAAGCAACGCUCGACGUUCCAGCUGAGCGACUUGCACGACCUUUUCACGUUUGGCGACGAAAAUGGCCAAACAGAAACAAGCAAACUAUUCCAAGACGCCGAAGUCAAAUACGAAAACACAGACUCCAACGAAACCCAAGACCUCAGCAAAGUAACCGGCAUCGCAUCAAUGGAAAAAUUCCACGAACCCGAGCCCCAAACAAAUACCGCAUCAACCCCGGAUCCCAACGCCAAUGACAAUAAAACCGAAUCCCGCAUAAUGGAAAACAUCUUCUCCCGAGCUGGUGUCCACUCCGCCCUCGAACACGACCAAAUCAUAAACCCCAACGGCAAGCGAGUGGUCCGAGCGGACCCCAAGAUCAUCGAGGCAGAAGCCAAGCGCGUCGCAGCCGAGGCAGCAGAAGAACUACGCAGGGCUGGAGAAGCAGCACGCUCAGUACCUAUUGGCACGCCCACGUGGACGGGACAAUCGGGGAUCGCAGGACGACAGGAAUCAAUGUUCGGGGGGAGUAGUAGCAGUGCCCGUCGCGCGGCGGGACCUUCGUCUGCGAAUAUAUUGGCCAAUCUUUCCGCGCGCACAGCAACUACACCGAGAAGUAGCGGCACCAACACUCCAACUGGUAAUACCAGGGGCAGCAACACUCCGACCGCAACCGACACCGACACCGGAUUCAACAUCAGCAUGAUCCGAGAUUUCAUCCUGGCGCAAGGCGGGUCCGCAUUUUCGCAAAAUCUAGUGAACCACUUUAACCGGUUCUGCACGACGCCGCAGCGCACGGCGGAGUUUAAGGAGAUGCUGAAGCGGAUUGCGGUGCUGGAGCGGGGUGCUGGAGCUGGGGGUCGGAAUGGACGGGGGAGGUGGGUGUUGAAACGGGAGUAUGCCAAGAAGUGAUGGAGAACGGUGGAUUUAGUUUAGGGGGCGGUGGAUUUGGGUGAGGGUUUUGUUUUGUUUUGUUUUGUCUUUUUUUUUUUUUUUCCUUGUUUUUUGUUUUUAUUUGGUUUCAUUUUCUGGGGCAUACAGUAGAG